UUCCACCGCCAUUGUUUCCCCACUUCACCGGCACAUUCGCCAGCGUCCACGUCCGCCGCUCGAGCGAGUCACAAUGGCCGACGAGCACUAUGACGAGAGCUACGUCGACUGCUUCAUCAACUUCGACGCCAUGGAAGAGCCGUCCAUGGAGGAUCUCCUGGGAGCCAGGCAAACCAGGGCCGUCGCCGCCCAACACCAACAGGAUGCGGCGACUCUCGUCCACCAGGCACCGCCGUCCGGUGACGUUGACGCGCAGUACCUCCAGGCACCGGCGCCACCGCCGAUUCAACACCAGCAACUGCCCUACGAGCCGUAUUUUUACGGCUUCCAGGAUGAAAUUCUGAUGCCGGAGCCCAUCCCUCAAGUUCAUCCAAUUAUGCAGGUUCAGGACGCGCCUUCCGCUCACAUGCAGAACCAUCAGGCCCCGGCGCCGGCGCCGAUGCACGAGCACGGCCAAUACCAGCAUGUGGUAGGGGAUAUCCCUCAGGCGCCGGCAGCGCCUGCCAACCAUGAGGACCACCAAAUGCUGGAUGGGCCGUCGGAUAUAAUGCUGGACCAGUCGCUGUUACACGAUCUAAUGCAGAUGCUGACGCCCAUCGGUGACGUUCAGCAUGACAUUCAGGUGGCGCGCUCCGACCAUGUGCAGCACCUUCAGGCUCCGGCGACGGCCGUCCAACACCAACAGACGCUAGGCGAGUCGUCGGCCCAACACUUUCAAGGUCCAAUGCCAGGGGAGGCGUCGAUCCACAUGCAGAACCAUCAGGUAACGGCGCUGGUGCCGAUGCCCCUCCAGUCUCAGGCGCCCGCGGCGCCCUCCGGCCAGGAGCAGCAUCUUCAAGCGCCCGUCCACCAAAUGCAGGAUGAGUCGCGGGAUUAUAGCUUCGGUGAUAUAGUGUUGGACGAGUCGCUGCUCCAAGACCUAAUGCAGAUGGCAUCGCCCAUGGCUCACGACAUCCAGGCGGUGCCCGCCGACCAUGUGCGGCAAGUCCAGGCUCCGGCGCCGGCCAUCCAGCACCUCAACCAACGGAUGCCGGCCGAGUCGUCAUCUCAAGGCUUCCACAACCAAAUGCUAGGCGAGUCGUCGGCUCGACCCUUCCACGCUCAAGUGCCAGACGCGGCGUCCACUUGCGGCUCCAGUCGAACGCCGAUGCCGGCAUGCCAGGAGAACAUCCUUAGCCCUCGUUCCUCCGGCUGCUCCUCCAUGGUGCGCGAGUACUUGAUAGGAAAUGACCAAUUUAAUAUUGCUGAGGCGCCCCUCAUGAGCGACAGCGGCAGCAAUGGUGUCCCAAGUGCGGGCUUAAUGGAGGAUGAGCAAGGUUUCGUGCCGCUCAUGCCGGGGCAACUACAAUGUAGCCAAUGCCAUGUUGUUAGGCAAAUCAGGUUCCAAUGUGAGAUUCCACUUGUUCUCAUCUUUCUCCACAGUGCGAAGCACACAAGCUUUAAGGAUGCUAUCCUUAAUCGCAAUGUGUCGACGCGAGGAACCUUUGAGCAUGCUAUCCUUGAUCGCCAUCACUUUGCUGUUGACAGACAAGUCCCUAGAGCCGAACGGAUGUACAUCGAUUUCCGUAGGCGCACGGGUGAGUUUGUGCUCAACUUUCUUGCAAACAUUGUGGAUGCACUAAGAACGGAAAAGGGGGGCACCCUGGAGGACACCUCUGAAACUGUCCAGAGAGUGCCGACCAGAUCCAACGUCAAUCCAGAUCCGGCACUUCGAAACGACGCAUUGCAUCAAGUGGAAACUACAAUGCUGAACACGGUCAUAAACUCCACUGCUGUAAAGGCAGAAGCAGCGCAGCCGGCACCACCGCCUCCUGCUGCUGAACCGGAGCCGGCCAUUGAGGCAACUACAAAUACCGUGCAUGAAAUACUAACGCCUACUAAUAUUUUCGACUCUUCCGAUGUCGUUGCGGAAGAGCAACCCAUUAGUGAGGCUGCUAAGCUGCAACAAGAGGCGUCGGCGAGCUUGAGCGAGGAGCAGGAGGUAGAGGAGGAGAUGCGGCAGUACCUGCAUGAGAUGAUGGUGAAGGCUCGGAGGGAACUGGACAUGCCAUACGGCCAGGUACAGAAGUUUUGCCGUGGCAAUACCUACACCUGGAUGUGGCGCCGGAUUAGUACCCUCAACAGGAGGAUCAUAAACUUCGAGGAGAAAUCAUUGAAUGUUACACUAAAUGGACUGUUGACAAUCAAGAAGGAGGUCGAUGAAGCAGUUGUUGAGAAAGAACGGCUGCUUGCUGAAAUCGUCAGGGGUAUGAAGAAGCAGAGGGAGAGCAGGGGCAAAAAUGACAGGGAAGCUGGUACUUCCAGUACCAAGAAGGCUGGUGGCGCUUCGAACUAGUAUAUGUAUUUUGGUUGUACUUCGUACUGUAACUUAUGUCUAAGAUUGCUACCUGUUUUAUCUUCCAAAAUAUUGUGAUCAUGUGUUGUUAAUAAGUAAGAUUAAAUUUUAUUCCUGGCCAUGUAAUUAAUAUUGUAAGCAGCAUACAUUAUUGUAUUAAU